AUGCGCCAUGUCGCGCGUAACCGGCCAUUUGUUGUCCGGAACGGAGCUAGAGACUUCAAAGCCAGAAAGACAUGGAGUUCAGCAUACCUGAAAGAUGUCAUGCGUGGUCAAAAUGUCAACGUAGCAAUCACACCUCACGGGAACGCCGACUCAGUCGUCUCGCUACCGUUAGGUGGCUCAGUGUUCGUCAAGCCAUAUGAGACCGAGGAACCCUUCCAAGAAGUUCUAGAGAAGAUUCAACGGCAAGAGCGGGAGGAAGACUAUAAAGGCCCAACACACUAUGCGCAAACCCAGAACGACAAUCUUCGCAAUGAGUACUCCACGCUUUUCGCUGAUGUGCCCAAAAGCAUACCUUUCGCGCGAAUAGCACUAGAGCAGGAACCCGACGCAAUCAACUUCUGGCUCGGAAAUUCCUACUCGACGACUGCCCUACACAAGGAUAACUACGAGAAUAUCUACGUUCAGAUCCUGGGUCAAAAGCAUUUUGUUCUCUUACCACCUGUGGAAGCGGCUUGUGUCAAUGAGAAGAGUGUCCUGGCUUCUACGUAUACUUUGAAGCGCAACGGAAAUUCACCUUCUGACACGUUCGAAAAAGAUGAUAUGGUGAUCAAGGUAGAUGAGCCGGAGGAAUACGUACCGUUCGCAACAUGGGAUCCUGACCAGCGUCACAUCAACACUACGCUCUACUCUCAAUACUCACAGCCACUCAGAGUAACACUAGAAGAAGGCGAUAUGCUAUACUUGCCAGCACUAUGGUACCACAAGGUAAGCCAGAGUUGCAACGAAGAAGGAAUCUGCUGCGCGGUAAACUAUUGGUAUGACCUUGAAUUCAGCGGCGGAUUCUGGAGUACUGCAAAUUUUGUAAGGAGCACCGGAUUACUGAGCAUGCAAGGAAAUGCGGAUGAUGGAAUUAGAGGCGGAGGCGACUGA